AUGCGUUUCUCCAUCACCUGCGCCGUGGCCUUAGCCGCCUCUCUCGCCACUGCUACUCCCCUCGUCAACCGCGACCAGGUUUCCUGGGAGUUCCCUGAGGCAAUGCUCGCCAAACGCCAGGAUGUUCCCGCACCCGGCACUCCCGCUUAUCUCUGCCACGAGAACUGCGGCACCUCCAUUACUCUCUCCCGCGAGGCUGGCUAUUGCCAGAACUACCAGUGGAUCGCCAGAUACGAUGCCUGCCUCCAGUGCGCCAACAGCUUCAACAUCUGGCAGUACUACGGAAACUCCAUCACUGCGUCUGCCGCUGCCUGCGGUCUGACUGCUACCCCUGUCUAA